UAUCCUUUCCCACCUUUGUGAUUUUGCCUUUAAUCCUUUUGAAUGCCUUCACGUGCUAUUUAGGAGGAAUGGACUCCUCACAGAAGUGUAGAAGCCAGGCGUUUCUGGGAUGAAAUGUGUGCUUUUGUAUUCGACAAAUAACUAUAAAUUACAUUGUAUCUGUAGACUUUUUGCUGACUUACCACGCUGGGGCUGUGUGUGUGUGUGUGCGUUUUUUUAAGACACUUGCAGGUUACGACCAGCCCACAAAAAGCUUAAGAUUUCUGAGCCGCGCGUCAGUCCGCGAAUGCAGCACCGGCGCGCUCUGGUGCAGCUUUUCAUUCGGACCUCAGAGGAACGAGCACGGCAACGACAGGUUGGAGUUUGCAGAAGUUUUUGCACAUGAGUGUCGAUCAGAUUUCCAUUCUUGUUUAACUUCUGCAAAAGUUGCGCGGCCUCGGUUAAGCAGUUUUCGUUAAUGGUUACAGCGCUCGCUCAGCAUCCUCAUCCUCGCAGGUACGACUCUUUAAAGUCAACUCGCAAACUGAGUUCACUGUGGAUGCUUUGAAGUCACUCGCGCAGCGCCCCCUGAAACCAAAAAGGCCACCAGACUGAACUGAACUGAACUGAAGGACCCUCGUGGGGAAGGAUGUUCACCGCGACUCUCCUCCUCGCAGUCCUCGGCGUUUUUGCGCACGUGGACGCUUUUACGCACGGCUGUCAGCUCCCCUCCGAGUGGCGGCCGCUGAGCGAAGGCUGCCGAGCGGAGCUGGCGGAGAUCAUCGUGUACGCCCGGGUGCUGGCGAUCCACCGGGAGCCGCUGGGCGUCGGGGCGAGCAACCUGUACAACUCGCUGCCCUUCGGGUUCGGGUACGGGUACGAGGGCGCGGAGGAAGGGCUGCUGUACUCGGCGGAGGUGGAGCUGCUCUGCGACCAAGCGUGGGGCAGCAUGCUGGAGGUGCCCUCUGGAUCCAGACUCAACCUGACCGGGCUGGGGUACCUGUCCUGCCAGUCUCAUACCGUGAUGGAGAACUACUCCUACUUCUUUUUUCUUAGGAUGGACGAGAACUACAACAUCCUGCCUCAAAGCGUCAACUUCCAGGACGCCAUCUUCCCCGACACGACGGAGAACAGGCGCACGUUCUCCAGCCUCUUCCAGUUCUCCAACUGCACCCAGGGGAGCCAGCCGUUCCACACGUUCAGCCCCGAGUGGGACACCCAGGAGGACAGCAGGCUGCUGUGCUCCUCGGUGCAGGCGGCGCUGUUCGAGGAGGAGGAGCGAGGCCGGAAGCUGCGGGAGCGCCUGGCCGCGUCCGAGAGGAGGAACCGGCAGCUGAAGGAGCGGGUCCGCAAGGUGAAGCGCUCCCUGAGAAACGCGCGCAAGGCCUGCCGCAGGGCGGAGCAGCAGGCGCAGGAGCUGCAGGAGAGGCUGAAGGCCGCAGAGAGGAGGGCCGGGCACCACCUCAACAGCAUCACGCAGGAGGAGCCCCCGCUCGGGCAUUACACGAGUGCGGCGAUACGCCAGAGGAUGCAGCUCUAACUCGUGUCGCCCGCCUGGAACUGCCACGCACCUGGACUGAAAACUGGUUGUGAAGGAGGAGAGACUGCUGGGCGGUCUCCGUGCAGGGGACAAGCAAAUCGCACAUAUGAGUUAACACACUUUUGAAAUAAUAAUCGACAUAAUUUACUUGUAAAUAAACUACUUGUCUUUUGUAUCCUUAAUCGCUGUAACCCAUUAAGGAUGAAGCUGAUUACCAGUCAUCUGGCAGGUGGAGCUGAAAUUCGUGACUGGAUUCAGCGGCUGCUCCGUGCUCUUCUCGGGCCGCGAUGUGUUUUUCCUGCUCCAGGGCUGAGCACUGCUGUGAGCAAGAGUAACAGCAACAGCAGGGGGGCUUAUUAGAGUGUAAAGUGCAAAUUAGUCUAGUAGCCAUUCGACUGUUUAAUCCCUCAAAACAGAAAAUAGCACGGAUGUAACAUUUAGUCGAAGGGGAAUGACGCCCAGAUUUACACAUCGGCUUUACUGACACAUCUAGAGAUCUCGUUGUUUUAUCUCGUCUGAGGCUUGGAAAUGAAUUCAACAGAAAAUCCUGACAAGGCUGUAGAUGUCGAGGGGGUUUAAAGAUGUCUACAUUCACCAGGAAGGAGGAGUCUGAAGGACAAGGGAGCUGCAUCAUGGGAAGUAUACACCCAUCAGGGCAUGACAUUGUGACCAAAUUCCUAAUGUUGUGUAGGUCUUCCUUGUGCGAUAAUUUGCCACAGAGUUGAUACAACAAGUUUGAUCAUAGCAGCUAUAAUUGUAGUUAAAGACCAACUGAAAAACCUUAUAUAAGACACGUUCCCCUGUGGCCGAGCAGAAUAAAGAAGAGAUACAUUUCAUUUCAACAAUGCUGCGAUGAAUCAUCUUUUGUUUCAUUUCAAGCAGAUGUCUGUGUGACAGGGAAUUCUGAGAUGUUGGAGGAGGUUUGUUUACGAUAUAAUUAGUCUGGAACAUCAGCUUGCAUGUGAUUGUUUUCCUAUGAAUCCUUUUCUGCACAUAAAAGUGAAGAAAGACCAACGUCAGCGUGGACGUGAUGUCAAUGUUUUGAAGAGUAUUUAACAUUUGGGUCACUGGACUAAAAAAAAAAAUGAAAUAACCCCAGAAACCCAGAGGGUCAUUUAAUCUCUGCAGAAUCACGCAGAGAGUGUAAAGAGGGGGGGCUGAGGUCAGAGGAGACGCUAUAUAGUAUUUGGGGAGAGAAAGAAACGUGUGUGUCUGGUCCAUCAAGUGACUGGAAUGUGUUUGUGUGGGCAGCAGUGUUCUGAACAGCGGGAUGUCGCAGAAAUAUUCCUCUAAUUCUGUCUGGAAAACUGUGGAGGGAGGCGAGCAGCCGGCGCAUCACAAGACCUCACCGAACGUAAGGAAAACAAAUCAACAAGGAACGACAUAAUGAGAGGCAUGGAGAGGUUUGCUAAUAAGAAACAUAUUUACAUUUUGUGUAGUUUGUCUUGGAGCGCUUUGUGAUGAGGAAUAAAACAGUAGAUGGUGCUCUUGGAAACUAUUCACAAAUAAAGGUUAUAUACUCAAAGA